AGAGUCUGACUGACCUUGCCAUUUGGUGGGGUGAAGGAGCCUGCGAGCACUUAUAGAAAAGAGGGAGUAGGAAGCCAGAGCACCUCUCCUCUCUGCUCCUCAAGUCAGCGGGACAUUUCAGCUAAAACUCUGGAAGAAGACGACACUGCUGACUACAACGGAUGGUUUGAGAUUUUAGCUGUCAAGGGGAAGACGUCCAGGGGUGUCCAGGAGAAGCCAGGCUGAGCUGACUUUAACCCCUGAGGAGGAGUCGCAGUUGCCGGCCAGGGCAGGUCCCAGGGCUGGCAGGGCUGGCCCUACUGCUUCUCCACCUCCACUCCUUCCUCCCUCUUUUACUUGUCCUUUUCCCUUAAACUUUCAACUGAACUGCUGAGCAGUUUAUGAACUAACAGGUAGAGCCUGUGAGGAGAGGAGAAAUGUAAGGAAAUCACAGUCAAGUCCACUUCCUGUUCUUCACUGUUUGAUAACUCCAGAGGCUGCGCCUUUGCGGACUGCUACAUUCUUCUUUUGUUUUGAUACUCACUGGUUGAGUCAUCUGAGACACUGAGGAGACUUUUUUUUUCUUGCACUUUUUUCUCUUGAUUUGUUUUCACCAAACCGGAACAAUGGCGUCAUUUUCAGUAGCGAGGUGCAAGGACCAGCUGCACUCACCCAAAAUGAGCCGCUGGCUGAAAUGCACUUCUAUGCACUUUAACACUGAUUGGAACAAAUAUGACGACCGGCUGAUGAAGGCAGUGGAACGUGGCGAGGUUGAUAAGGUGGCUGCUGUUCUCAGUAAGAAAGGCAUCAUCCCCACCAAGCUAGACGUUGAGGGGCGAUCUGCCUUUCAUUUGGCCGCAACACGAGGCCACCUGGACUGUCUUAACCUCAUCUUGGGACAUAGUGUGGAUGUCACUGCCACCGAUGCCACAGGGAAAAAUGCCCUUCACCUGGCAUCAAGAAAUGGACAUUCUCUUUGUGUGCAGAAACUCUUGCAGCACAACUGUCCUGUUGGAAAUGUGGAUCUGCAAGGAAGAACUGCUUUGCACGAUGCUGUCAUGGGAGGAUGCCCAUCCAACGUGAAGCUUCUCUGUGACAGCGGGGCGUCAGUCAAUUCCACUGAUUUUGAUGGUCGGACUCCACUUGUUCUUGCUACCCAGAUGUGCCACCCUCGCAUCUGUCAGCUGCUGCUGGAGCGAGGCGCGGAUAUCACUAUCAGAGACAAACAGAGCAAGACUGCCAUGAUUCUGGGGUGUGAAUAUGGCUGCAAGGAGGCAGUGGAGGUGUUGCUGAUGAGCGGUGCUGACGUGAAGGCAGUCGACGGUGUGGGUCACGACGCCUUCCAUUAUGCCCGUCUAAGCAAGAACCAAGAGCUUGUUGCACUGGUGAAGACUUACCUGGACAAGGCCAACAGAGAAAAGGAAGCUGCAAAGAAGGAACACUGGAAGCGCAAGUCGAUGGAAAGAACAGAGGCUGUAGAGGCAAGCUGGAAGGAAGCAGUUAUUCACGAUCUGGAGCGGAAGAAUGAGACCCUGGAGGAAAACCUACGAAAGUUCCAGCAGGACCAGAGAGCUCUUGUGGAAAAGGUCAACGUGCUGCAACAACAGCUCACACAAGAGAAGAUGAAUGCUGAGGAGAGUCAGAAAGAGAAAGAGGAGCUGCGGUUUUUAGUAGGCGCUAAAGAGAAAGAUGAAGGGGCACGAGGCCUGGAGACUGUGAAAGUCCAGCUCAGAAGCUCAGUGGCCGAUUAUUCUGGGCAGUCUGUCAUCAAAGGGAAAGAGAAUGUUUUGGUGAAGCAGGCUCUCAGUCUGGACUCUGAACAGUUGCUUCAGAACCAGAGGAUGUCCCCGUCAAGAGCGUUCAAUAGGAGUCCGCCUGCAGUGGGCUGGGAUCUCAACAGUGAGCUCGACACUCUGCGCUGUGAACUUGAGACCGUCCGGAAAAGACAACAAGCAGCGGAAGAAGAGACGGUACGACUUCAGUCAGCCUUAAAUCUGAAAAGCCGCGAGUGUCAGGAGCUGACCUACAGUCGGGACAUGGUCCAGAAGCAAGCUGACCAACAGAUCGAGGAACUGGAAGAUGCCCUUGGCGAUGUGCAGAAGAGGAUGGUGGAUUCUGAAUGCAAGGUCAAGCAGUUGCAGGCCCAUGUGGUGGCAGUGAAGGAGCACUUUGGUGGCCAGGUUGCGGAUGAGCUCCGAGCACAGAUUCAGGACAUCAAGGGGAAAUAUGAAGGAGCUUCAGCUGAAGUGGGUCGAGUUCGAAACCGGCUUAAGCAGAGCGAAAAAGCCUUGGAAGAGUACAAGAGCAGUGAAAGUCAGCUGGCGGCCGAAGCCGAACAAUUGCACAUGGAGAUUGAAGUUCUGACCGCAGAGAGAGACAAGUUGGCUGAGAACCUGCUGGACUUGGAAACUGAACUGAACGAGGCGAAGACUAAACACGGCAACACGGUUCCAGCUGAGAAGUUCGACAACAUGAAAAACCUGCUCACCAACGCGGUGGACGAAAAGGAACGGCAACUCGCCGAGCUGAGGGAAGACUACGACAGAGUGCUGAAGGAAGUGGCUGAGCUGCACCAGAAACUGGAUAGUCCACCAACCAAGAGACGAGCCAGGUCUCCAGAAGACCAACGAAACCAGCUGACGGCGCUGCUAGAGGAAAACGCUUCACUGGAUAGAAGACUACGUGAAAUGACCGUGAAAAACAAGGAGCUGAUCGACGCAUUCGAAGAAAGUGAAGCCGACAGGGAGAUGAUGGAAAGGCAUCUGAACGAGGUCAAUAAGAAGAUCGACGUCGACUUUGUGCCCAUUGAAGACUAUGAGGAAGCUGUGGAGACAAUGAAAGAUAAACUACAGAAAGCCAGUGACCGAUUCACAAAGGCAGAAGCGCAAGUGAAGCAGCUUCAAGCCCAAAGAGAUGCCCUUCAAGAAAACGUGGACGAUCUACACGGAGCCAAAGAGAAACACCAAAGAGACACAGACGACUUGAUGAAGAAACUUGAGGUUUUAGAGCAGGCAUGCAAAGACAGAGACAGCCAAUGUGUGAAGCUGACGGCACAGAGCCAGAAUCUGAAACAGAGCCUGGAGGACGAGUACGUCUCCAGAGACCGGCAUGAGCAAGUGACAACGAAGUUGAGCGCAGCGCUGAAAAGCCUGGAAGCUGAGAAGUUCAAGCUUGAGACCAAGGAAAUGGAAAGUCGGGAAGAAUUUCAGAACGUGAAGGAAGGAAACGAGAGGUUGAAGGAAAAGUUGGAGAAAGUUCUGCUGGAGAUGAAGAAUGACUGUGUCACUCUUAAGGAGCACAAGUCCACCACAGACAAGUUAAAUGCCGCCAUAGUUGAAGCAGAGAACCGAGCCAAUGAGUUUUCAGCCAUGUACACGUCCUCACAGGAGGAAACUGAGAGACUGACUCUGGAACUAAAGGCCCAGAAGAUGGAACUGGAAACCAUCCAUGAAGCUAUUCAGUCGAGGUUCAUCCCUCUGACUGCAGUGGAGGAGAAAGAGAAUUCCCACAGUUCCCAGCUGGAAGAUUUGAAGGGUAAACUCAUGGAGAUGGAGGACCAGCUCGGCAGGGAGAGGUCUGCCAGAGAGACGGACAAAGAGGAGAGAGAUCGACUGAGAGCGCAGGUGGAAACUGUCCAGCAGCGACUGGAUGCUGCACUCGGCCGAAAUGAAAAGCUGAAAGAGUCAGAGAGGGAGGUGAAGGUUCUGCAUGAGGAAGUGACACUGAGGUUUAAUGACCUCGAGCAGAAGCACCAAGAGGUCACGACUCAGAAGGCCAAACUCGAGGACCAGCACGCUCUCUGCGACACUCAGAUCCAAAACCUUCAGGACCGUCUCAAGUCGGAGUUGACCAGAAUCGCCACCUAUGACACUGAGCUGAAGGCCCUCCACGAUGCCGUGCAGCAGACCCAGACCGACUGCAAGAGAGCUCGGGAGGCCCAGCAGGAGGAGGCCCAGAGGGUUUGCUCGCUGCAGACUGAACUCCGGGAUAAAGCCUCCGUGCUGCAACUGCAAAUCAAAGCCAAGGAGUCCCUGGAGGCAGAAGUGACAGAGCUUCGUAUGGCACUCCGCGAGGAGGAGGACAACAACGGCCAGAGAGCUGAAGACAUAUCUGCCCUGCAGUCGGAGCUCCUGCAGGCUACUGAGGCUCUGGAGGAGCUUCGUCACAAGGAAGACCAGAUGAACCAGUUGAAGAAGGAGAAGCAGCAGCUGCAGGAGGAGGCGGCCGAUCUCAGCAACAAGCUGCUGAGUCAAAGUGAGGAGCGUGAUAAGGCCCAGCAAGAGGCUGCCAAAGCUUGGGAGGGUGAAAGCCAGGCUCGGAGGGAGAAGGAGGUGCUCCAGGAGAAGGGGCGGGCCGUUGAGAAGGAGAUUUCUCAGUUAAAGGAGAGGUACGACGACUCGCUGGGCACCAUCCGUGUGCUUCAGAGGAGGAUCCAGACAUCUGCUCAGCAAACUGAAGCCAAAGACAAGAAGAUCACAGAGUUGCUGACUGAUGUGGAGCGGCUGAAACAGGCGCUGAAUGGCUUGUCCCAGCUGGCGUACACCAGUAACUCCCCCAGCAAGGGUCAGACGCAGCACAUCGAUACUCUCCACGCACAGAUCAAGAGCCUCCAGCAGCAGCUGGCUGAUGCUGAGAAGCAACACAGGGAGGUGAUUUCAAUUUACCGCACUCAUCUUCUCAGCGCAGCACAGGGUCACAUGGAUGAAGACGUCCAAGCGGCCUUGUUACAAAUCAUCCGCAUGAGACAGGAGUUUUUGGGUUAACUUCCACCUGCUGAGCGCCAGGACCUCCAUCGCUUCAACCUUGGUUACGCUGCUCUGAGAUCACUUUUGUGUGGGAUUAUUACUCAGGAUCAAUUGUUUUACACAGGCCUGAAGAAGAUUUCUACCCAGCUGUGACAUGUGUGUUUGAAUAUCGACGUCACACGCCCGCUCUUCAAAUGAAAAUGAUUAACACCUGAGGAGAUUUGAAUGUGUAAAAAGUGUUGUCAUGGUGAUUUAGUGGAAGGUCUCUGUAAUGUCAGGAAGCAGUAUGGAAGGUGUUGGUGGAUGUCAACUACGAGGGCUGCUCUAUAUGAGUGUGAAAUGCUUGGAUUAUGAGAAGGACCCAGAACGUGUCACCCUGUGAGGCCAAAGACUUUUUCUCCCAAUAAUCCAAGCCGCUGUACCCGGAAGAGUUGUGUGGAAUGUGAGUCAAACCGGUGAACUCCUUGCUGUGUCCUUCAGUUUGCGGUGGCUGGCCCUGUUUGUUGUAAGGAGGGUGCCCUCUAGCGGUGAGACUUGGCAGGCCAAGUUGAAAUAAGUUCAUAGUUGCGUGGCUCGGGGGAAAAUAAACUCAUUCAUCUGUAUCAUCUGCGACAUUAGUUUUAUGGAAUCUGUUGUUCAAUACUAAGUGACUCCUGUUGCAAUCUGCAGCCGACUCCUUGGACAGAUGGUCUCAGACUGGGGUUGUUUCCCCCUGAGUCAGCGCUUGGUGACUGUGUAGAUUGCUGAUGUAUGAUUGUGGAGCUAGUCUCUUGUGCCUUUACACUGACGUUUAUUUUCAUAGCUUUGUACGACUUUAUUUACCAAACUGUAGUGUGACUAGUCCAACGUUCAGCGGGUCUGGAAGUAGAGCAGCACUAAAAGAAAAAAAUAAAAAGACAUGUUCAGGGUAGCACUGACUAGGACGGUGGGUGUAACAGCCAUAGAUUCAACCCAUAGGCCAUUUGUUAAAGCACUCCUGUGUGAAAGUGAAAUAACACCUCCAAUAUUUCAACAAGAAAAAAAGUUUUGCCUUCAACUUGGAAAAAACGAUUUUCCGCUGUUAUCUGAAAAAGAAUUCAGAUGAAAGUCAAUAAUACACAAUUUGAAUUGGGUUUACUCUUGGCGUACGUGUGUUUGUGGAUUGUAAUAAAAUCAAUUAAAGUGCCUAACAUAGAAAACUACAUCCUGGAUAUGUGUUUUGAUUUUUAUUUCUUUUUUAAAUUGGCGUUGUAUGACGUCUGAUGCGGUGAUCUGAAUUGCAAACUGUGGUCAGGUGAUGGCAUGAUAGCAUGCUGACCGCUACAGGCGUUUUAACCAGUCCACACUCAGGACGGGGUAUUUCUCACACAUGAAAAGCUGACUCAAGUUUAACCACCGGUGCCCUAAAGUGAUGUGGCUCUGUGGGAACGCUACAUGUUGUAGCUCAGGCAGGUGUUCUGUGUUUUUCUUCAUUGUUUUCUUUUUCACAUGUAUUGAUAGAUAUGACACUCUGAGUACCAGCACAUCAGCAUGUUCACCUAUUUUUGUUUUAUUUAUUUUCCAAAUGUUUUUUUCAUUUUUACUUUCAAAUGAAGUGGAGUGUCACCCCACCUCUCCUCAAAGUAACAAAGAAUAAUAAGAAAAGUAACCACCAAAUCAUCAAACAAAUAGCAAGUAAUAAUAAAUUAGGUACGUAUAAAAUGCAUACAGUGGAAUAUUGUAAACAUAUGCCACUUUCCACGUUGCAGUCAAGUAGUCCACCCACGGUAGGUCAGUGAGUUCAUACCAGUCCUCUCUGGAAUCAGUCAUUGUCCUUCUUGAUCCCAGAUAGUGACCUUAUGUCUUCAAGCUACAGCAGGGAAACCACGUCAUUCAAGGUGGAGAAGAAGACUGUUUCAAUGCGCUCAGGAUAACUCUAUGUGCGACAAGCAAAGGAAAGGCAAGAGCUUGUUGCUGAGAACCAGACCGCUUAAGUGAGGACACCUUAAGACCACCGAGGACCCACUGAAGAAGAUGCACUUUGUACGACCUUGAGAAGGAAGGUCCAAGUUCUCACCAAGACCAGAGCAAAUGCACUAGCGUUCCCUCUGUUUGUGCAGUGAUCUAUGUUCACUUGUUGUUUUAAAGACACUCUCCACCUGACGGUCAACCCAUGUCUUCACUGUAGCUACAAAGAGGAGCUAUUUUGUCUGGACAUGUUCCUUCCUUAGACGUGAUAUUUGAUGAUGAUAUUUAAUUGAUGUAUCAGUGGAAAGUCACGUCCCUGGAUGAGACUGAAAUGGAGGUGGAUGUAAACAUAUUGUGAUGUCGCUCUUCUAGAAUCUUUGCUUGUCUUGGCCUCAGCUGAGCAGCUCUAGUCAGGUGGCCAGUGUUGCACACGUGUCUCCAGGUCAUCGCCUUCUGUGAUUGGCUCCAGUCCUCUGGAGUAUGUGACAUCUAACCAAACAAUAGGAAGAUCUUCAUGUGUGAACUGGUGCAGCAGAAUGAAUUGAGUUUGACUCGAUUUCCUCGUCUGGCAAGUGUGUUGUCAUGAGUCAAUGAUUCAGUUGUGGACUCGCAUCAACUCGGCUGAUGAUUGCUGACCAUCAUCAGCGCGUUCCCAACACACUUGGUUGUUGGAACAAACCAGAGUUUCAUGUGGUUCCACUCAGUCAUCUGAGAGCUCUUUGGUGCACUGCUCCUUCUUUUAUCUCUGAACUCUGUCCACUUCUCUGUUCUCUGCUUACAAGAUUUAUUUCCCAUUAAGGCAAUUCCAGACAGAUCAGUGAGACGCUUCCCCUCCAUCUGAGGUCACAUCUUUCAUUUGAAGAUGCCUUGACAUGUGGACAGAGGAUGGGCACGUUUGCAAGUCUGUAUUGGCAUUAAGAGAAAAUUCUCAUUCGCUGCAGGCCAAAGAGGUUUUUUUUUUUUUUUUUUUUUUUGCACAGUUGCUUUUCCUUUUUCCCUUCAGAUUCAGUCACUCUGUGAAAGGCUGUAUUUCAGUCAGUCUUAUCUCAAUGAAGCCGCCAACUGAAAGUAUGUUUUUAAACUUAACAUUUUAAAACGCUGAUUCAUGGUGCAUCUUCUUCUUCCCUGGACCUCUACCUCUCCUCCACCUCCAACGUUCUUCCUUGUCUUCCCCAAACGUGAGACGUCCCUCUGCGAUAGUCAUUUCUAGUCUUAUCUUUCCUAGUCAGAAAACCUGAUCGUUUUUAACUAAAAAUUUCAAAACUCACAACAAAUGACUACAUCAUCAGCAAACAUCAUAGUCCAGGGAGACUCCUCCAUUAACCUCCUCUGUCCGCUAAUCCCUGAUGUCAUCCCACUCUCCCCUUGAAACCUCUGGUCAUUCCAGCAGGACAUCGUUCUCUCUGCGCUCUUACACUUGUUUAUUUCCAAAAGACGUUACAGUCUUGAUAAUUCUUCAUAUAGAGCAGUGCAAGUUAGUCCUUUACUGACCAGAGUCUUGGCGCCAGAUUAACCCCGGAUAUGUGCCAUGUGUCAUCGUAACAAUGAUGGUGAUAAUGUUCUCACGGCGACCUUCUUGUUCUCUUUAAUUUGAGUAUGAAGCAUCUAAAGUGGCAGCAGAUGCUUGGGAGCCCCGCUUGUCCCUCUGAGGUCCCGGCUGGGUCUGUUCAAUGUCACUGAACUAAUGCUCUGUUUGCUCACGCAGGCUGGAGUUGCUACAAGAGCCUGCUCUGGGCUUGACCACUGCGCUCCCCUUUUUUGUGGCCCCCACUCCCCCUCUAAGCCUCUAUUGAACCAACUCUUCUCAGCAAUUACAGCAAGUACAAUUCAAUCUGUUUCUGCUCUGAGCUUUAAUCCUGUUUCAAGCCUCCUGAUCAUUUCCAGUUACAGUCGUUCUGACCGCCGUAGCUCAUCCAGUCGGCCACAGAGCGUCCUGGCUUUACCCCAUGUUUAUGUUGCUCUUGGGGCGCACAACAUGGGGUUCAUUUCCCUGCUUUCAUGACCCAUUCGUCAGUUUUCUUGCCGUUUAAUUCCAUCGCCUUAUUUGCAUUAUAAAUUGCACCCGACACUGAACCUAUGGUCACAGCAUGUGACAGCUUGCUCUCAACGGCUGCUGAAGUGGUGUUGUGGUCCGGUUUUCCCCUUCUGCUGUGGUUAACAGUUAUUAGAAGUGAUCCAGUAAAAGAGUCACACAUAGCCAGACAUAGUAUGAGUUUUUUUUUCCCCACUUUUUUUGUUUCUUUGGGCUGAAGCUACAGGUGAAACAAUUACUGUGUACAGAAGACAGCGCCCUGUUGUGAGCAUGAAGCUGUGAGAUACGUGCAGAGUGUUGUGGUUCAGUGUUUGCAUUUAGACAUGGAAGUCUGUACGACUCCCACGAGAGGUGAGACUGAGAGUGGAUUUUAGAGGUGGGCGGAUCCUAUCUGCAUAGUGGUUAAAGUCACAUUGUAAACAAGGCUUUACAGUGCAGUUAGUUGCAAUUCGUAUACGUUUUAAGCAUUUACCACUGAUAUGUGGCAAAAAACAAACAAACAAAAAAUAUCAGAAUAUUCAGACA